AUGCACUUCUUCCAUAUUCUUUAUAUCGCAAUGCUGAUGAUCGAAUAUCUUGAUUGCGCAAGAUUUCACAAGAUCCCAGUUAAUAUGAACCAAAGGGAGGUGCGUUACGCAGGUAACGAAAACGCUGGCCACGUUUGUCGCAACGGUAACGGGGCGAAUGUCGAAAAGAAAAACGCAGAGAAAAGCAGUAACAUUGCGCAGAAAGCUGCGAAUGAAGCUAAAGCGGCCUCGGAUGCCCAGAACAUUGCUGGUCAGCAAGCCGCGCGUCAAGUGAAAACGCAACUCGCCGAGAAAGCAUUGCAGGCCGCGAAAGCUGCGGAAGAAGUGCUUUCGAGGAAGAAGGUGAUAGUGGAGGAGUUACAGGAAGAAGUAAGGGAAGCUGAGUCGGUCGUUCGAGAGGAAUCCUCGUCUUUAGAACGGCAACAAACCAAUGUCAAUGCCGCAGUGCAAGCCGCUCGACAGUCUCAAGACCAGUUAAAGACGCUGACACACGCGGUGCAAACGGCGAAAGCGAACGCGGCGAACGCCCAGGCGGCGGCGGCCGGGGCACAGAAAACCUUGCGGGAGAAAGAGGAAUUGUUGGACGCCGCGAAGAGACGGGUCGAGGAAUUGUCGAAUCAGUUGAAACUCGCAAGACAGGAGCUCACCAACACGAACCGCGCGGCCGCGAAAGCGAGCGCCGCGGCGACCGAGGCGAAAGCAAACGCGAGCAGGAACAAAAGACGCUUGGAGAACUUCAGGCGGAUGAGGGUUAUGAAAAGGUAA